AAGCCGCUUCCAGCAUGGCCCAGGCGCCCACAGCCCCGGAGUCAAACACAGCCCUCCAGGGGAAGAUCCUGCAGGCCCUGCGGGAGGCCGGGACCCCCCUGAAGACGCUGCAGCUCUGCAGACUCUGCCAGGAGCCCAAGAAGACGCUGAACCAGACCCUGUACCGCAUGAAGGCCGCGUCCCUAGUCAUGCUGGUGGGCCCGGCCACGUGGAGCCUGGCCGAGGGGGGCUCAGGGCCCGGGGGCCCCACCGGGCAGGCUGCAUCCGACCAGGGACAGGAAGCCCGGCCGCAGAGACCUUCGGACCCUCAGCCCGGGGGCCGCCUUGCGCUUCCCCCUCCCGAGGCCACAUCCCCGCCCGGCAACGCGCUGGCCCUGCCCCCAGGCCCCGGACCCCUGCUCAGCGCCUCACCCCAGCUCACCGAGGGACUCUCUGACGUUGAGGAAAGAAUCUUACGGCUCCUGGACCAGAGGCCCCUGAGGGCCCUGCUGAUCGCCCAGGGCCUGGGCUACGCGAGGACCAAGGACGUGAACCCCGUGUUGCACGGCUUGCAAGCCCGGCGCCUCCUCCGCAGGGACCCCGACUCCGGCGUCUGGGCGCUGGACUGGUCAGGCGAUGCUGGAGGAAGAAGUCAGCCCCACGUGGUCGUUAUCCAGAAGCAAACGUUCAACACCAUCAACCACUGGGGCCCCAACAACCACAUUGUGGUUCAGAACCCGAGGAACAUCCAGAUUGGGGACGGCACCGUCAUGGCCAACGACUCGGCGACGCUGCAGUUCGUGUCCAGCGACCCCAGCGACCCCAGUGGCCCCCGUGACCCCAGCGACCCCCGCGACCCCCGCGACCCCAGGGCUCCUUGUGAUGUUUCAACACUGGAAAACCAGCCUGAGGAAGACGCAGCCCGGACAGGCCCCACCCCGGGCCCCGUCGAGGACGCGUCCAUGGGCCACGCGAGCGGGACGGUCAGCCCAGGGCCAGCCGGGUCCAGGGCAGAUGCAGGGACUGGGGACAGCAGGAGGGACCCCCGCCAGCUCAGGGACGCAGCCUCGCGGCCUGAGGACGAGCCCCCGUGCACCCGCCUGGGAGCCAUGACGUUGGGAAGCCAGGCGCCAGCGAGAGCCCAGGCCCUGGGCAGUGCCGUCAUGCGGGACACGAGCCCCCAGGCCCUGGACUCUGACUUCACGCUGAACACAAGCCCCCGGGCCACGGAUGCCCACAGGAGCCCUCGGGCCACGGACGCCGAUGUCACACUGGACACCAGCACCAACAUCCCUGAGGAUGGGGGCUGCUGA